AUGGACGACAGCGAGCUCGAAAGUCUCGAAUACUGGAACACCGCCGGUGAAAGCGCCGCAUCUUACGUUAACAGCAAAGCGCCGUCGCUGCAGGAGCUUCCCGACGACAUAGUCGUGGAGGUUCUGGUGAGGCUUCCCGUGAAGUCCAUCCUGCGGUUCAAGUGCGUCUGCAAGGCAUGGCUCUCCCUCUUCUCCUCUAAAAAAUUCAUCAACGAACACCUCAAUUUCUGGACCCACCAAGAAGAUCUCCACAAAUUGAAACUCCUUCUGAUCUCCUACCCCUUCGACGCCUUCCGCUCCUGCUCUCUCCACACCGUCUUCCACGAGCCCUGCACCACGGCGGCGGAGCUCGAUUAUCAGUUCAAGGACGGCUUCGCCACCUGGAUGGUCGGCAGCUGCAAUGGGCUAGUCUGUAAUCUCCUGAAAAAUCCAUUGACGCUCGAACACUCCUUGGUUUUCUGGAACCCCUCGACGAGAAAUUUCAGGGAAUUGCCGCAACCCAAAAUGGGGCGACAGAAGCGUGUUCAUCACGUAUAUGGGUUUGGUUACAAUCAAUCUUCUGACGAUUACAAGGUGGUAAAAAUUUCCUACCCUCCUUCACAUUACCGCUCCGUCGCCGGCCAAGUCAGAGUUUUUUCCCGAAAUUCAAAUUCCUGGAAACGGAUUUCCGACACAAAUUACAGAAUGGCUUUUUCCGAGAAGGGAAAGUUCGCCGGCGGAUCGCUAAACUGGAGCGUGGAGAUUUCCAGCGGCGGCGGGGGUAGUCCAAAAUGGGGGAUUGUUUCUUUCGAUUUGGCCGGCGAGGAGUUACGGGUGGUGGCGGAGUUCGAUUGUGGCUUCUACUCGCCGGUGCUGCAUGUCAUGGGGGGAUGCCUGUGCGUGCUGUUCCGGAAGGUGCCGGAGAUGAGGCUGGAGAUGUGGGUGUGGAAGGAGUAUGGGGUGGCGGCGUCGUGGACAGCGUUGGGGAGUAUAUGCGGGUGGGAGGCGGCGGCGCUGCUGUACCAGCCAGAGCCGUUUUAUCUGACGAAGGAUGGGGAGAUGCUGUUUUGCAUCGGCGGCGUGUUGAGCGUAUACGAUACGAAGGAGAAGAGGUUAAAGGAAUGUGAAAUUUAUGGUGGCAGACAUUGUCAUCAGGCGCGCGUCUAUUUGGAAAGCCUGAUUUCGCCGUUUGGCUGCAGCCAACGGAGGGGGAAGAAAAGAAAAGGGAGGCUUUGCAAGCAAUAA